CGAAAUGAACCCUUUUAAAUAUUUGAAAAUGCCCUGAAAUAAACGUAUAUGGUGGAAAACAGUCGUAAUAGAAAGUGGGAGAUGGUACUCGGAUCUCGGACUCUGAAGAUGUCGUCAGCAGAUCUACAGUGGAUGAUCAUCAGGAACAACUCCUGCUUCCUCAGGAAGGGAAAUGGACAGACAUUCACUGCUGAACCCAACAACCUGAAGAACCGCAACUCUUUCCGUUACAAUGGUCUCGUCCACAAGAAGACAGUUGGCGUGGAGGCUGCCCCUGGAGGAAAGGGGGUGGUCCUGGUCACCUCCAAGGCCACUGGCCAAAGGAAGCCAGCUGCCAGGUAUACACGCACAGAGCUGAAGAAGGGUUCCCGUCGCACCCUGAGCACCAUCAGGAAGGUGGUCGGUGGUUCCAGGAAGGACCUUAAAAUGAGUGCUCUGCGUCGUGCAAGUGCGAUUCUCCGCAGUCAGCGCCCAGUUGUCGUCAAGAGCAGCGGUCGCAGGAAGUGAAACAACAUCAGCAUUUUGCCCAAAUUUUAUACAAAAGACUGAAUUAGAAUAAAUCAGUAUUAUGUAUUGAAGUGAA